UGUAGGUUAAUGCUGAACCUAUUCCCCAAGAACCUAGCAAAAGUCGAGCCCCUCCAUCAUUUGAAGUUUCUGCACACUACUUUGUCUCGGAAAGGUCUGGAGGAGUUUUUUGAUGAUCCCCAAAACUGGGGAGAAAAAACAGUAUCGUCUGGGGAUGCAUGGAAUAUAAAGCAGCUAAGGGGCAAGAGUAGUGAAGAUUUGCACAAACUUUGGUAUGUCCUACUGAAGGAAAAAAACAUGCUUUUAACUUUAGAACAAGAAUCAAAGCGACAACACAGGCCAAUGCCAAGUCCAGAACGAUUAGAAAAGGUAGAACAAUCUAUGAAAAGAAUAGAUUUGGUUGUCAAAGAAAGAGAAGUUGCUUUGAGGCUUUUACAAACUGGCCACGAAAAACCAGUACCUGGCGAGUGGAGACAGGACUUCUUAGGACGCACCUACUGGUAUACUUACAAAGAGUGGCCAAUACCAUGGUACUUGAACAAAAAAUACAAAAAAAGGAAAUUCUUUUACUUACCUCAUGUAAAUCACUUCAUCAGGCUCAGACUUGAAAAACACUUACGCAGAAGGGCAAGAAGGCAAAACCUAGAGAAGAAAAAGCAGAAACUUUUAGAAAAGAAGUUCCCUCACCUUGCUGUGAAGUCUCAGAGCCAGUAACCUGCUGGAAGAGCCCAGGAAGCACUUGUUUAACUGUGACUGGAACAUAAAACUAAAGUUCUCAAACCAGUGAACAAGUUGACUGCGCUUUCCUGAGAGUAGCCCUCUUUUUAUUAUCUCAGUUUGACCUAAAUUAAAUUGUGAUCUGGCAUUAAAGAGCGGUUUUGAAAUCAAAAA